UUAGUUAAUGCAAGCCGGAAGUCGCAUGAGAAAUGAGAAUGGCAGCCGAAUACUUCAGUAUCGGAAGUUCUGUUGCUAUCACAACAUGCCACAACAUAGAAUAUAGAGGAGAAGUUCUUGCAUUUGACUGGACGUCCAAAGUCCUUGCUAUCAAGUCUGACCCUACUAAUGGAGCCAGGGGUCAAAGUGAUGUCAAGCUCAUCAACUUGGCCCUGGUCAGUGAUGUGAAGGUCCUGAAAGAAGCUGAUGAUCCACCACAAGCCCUCACAAAUCUCAAUCUACCCAGAAUAAAGAACCGAUUGAGAGAUAGUCUAGAUGAGAAGCGGAGACAAGUUAACUAUGUUGGAGUCGGUGUACCACCAGAAGGACAGAAGAUCUUCUUUGCAAUAACAAAAACUAUCAGUGAUGUGCGGUGGGACGGCAGUAACAUCAUCGUCAUGGACGAAGUGGUCAUCAAACCCCCCUACAGAUAUGAAGACUGCAGCGCACGCAAGUCUGAGUCGUCACAAGCACUACAACACGUCAGAAAAAUAGUAUCAAAGUUUCUCCAGGAGGAGAGCAGUCAGGCAGAAAGGAAAUCCAUGUCGCCAUCACCUGCCCCUUCAUCAUCCUCAUCAACAUAGUAAUCAUCAUUAUCGUUGUCAUGGAUACCAUAACAUUGUGAGAGUGAAGAAACAAAUAUCACUUUACUCAUGUGAUGUUUUAUCAAGGCAGUGGACAAUACUUCAGUUAGUUGAUUAUUUACAAACACUGCAUAUACCAAGCUCCUCACAGCAAUAGCCACCGUGGAGCUCUCCAUAUUAUCGCUGCCACCAGUCACAGCUCCCCACUGUGCUAGGUGGCUGCAUGGAGUUGAACUCGCUAAGACUGACCAGUAUGUUUCAACAAGUGAUGAUUGUUGUGAACUGAUAUCUCACUUCUCUCCCCACCACACCCACCCCUUAAUUGUUGUUUGUAAAAAAAUACCAUAUUCGACGUAAUAAGCGCCCAGGGUGCAUUUAAAAUUAGAAAUAGGGGGCUCUUAUUAGAAUAUUAUUUUGGUGAAAAAAACAGAGUUAAAGGAUAAAUUUGGUGG